AGGAAGGAGCGAGUAAGGUAGUUACGGGGACGAGAUUUCCCAGAAGAGGGGGAGUAAAGGGAGGUAGAAAGGGGAAGGAGGAAGAUGAAGAGGAAUGGAGAGAGGUGUACAGAGUUGGCAGAGAGGGAAGAUCAGGAGAGGAGGGAGAGGCAAGAGAGGAGGGAGAGGCAAGAGAGGAGGGAGAGGCAAGAGAGGGAGCGGCAAGCUAAAGGACAGGCUUGCGGACCAGUGGAGAGGCAAGUAGAGGAGAUGUAUAUAGACGAUUAUUACGAAUUUAACGAUGAUUAUUAGUUUUGAUUCCAGGGUAAGUGAGGCUUAAGAGGCCUGCAAGAGGGAAGGGAGUGCCCUGCGAGUACGAGUGAGGCUUGAGAGGGCUUAACGGAUAGGGG